AUGUCGUUCUUGACUAGCCGUAUCGCUUUGGCCUCGCGCGUAUCCACGCGCUCUGCACUUUCUGUGCCUGCGCGCAAUUUUGCAACCUCAAUUCGUCUCCGCGGGGAGGCACCGCCUAUUCUCCAGGGUACCGGCCCCAAGCGCGGUGAAAUCGGUAGCGACGAGCAACAGAGCACUGGUCUUGAGCGUUUUGAGCUUAUGGGUAAGCUCCACGGUGUCGAUGUGUUUGACUUUGGUCCGCUCGAAGCCGACCGCAUUGGCACGCUGGAGAAGCCGAUCGUUGUUCCUUCCAUGUACCCCGAGCAAAUUAUUGGUUGCACCGGCUUUCCCGCUGAAUCGCACGAGACGCUUUGGUUUACGCUGAAGAAGGAUAAGAAAUUUACUCGUUGCUCGCGCUGCGGUAGUGUGUACACAAUGGAUUUCCGCGGCGUUGAGGGCCAAGACGAACACUAA